CCUCAUCCCAAUUUCCACGUUGACACCCACGCGCUUCUCCGCAUUUACCUACAUUCCUCUUCACCUUUGCGCAAUCGCCCAUCAUGGUCCUCCAAGACCUCGGACGGCGCAUCAACGCCGCCGUCUCCGACCUGACCAGGUCGCCGAACCUAGAUGAGAAGGCUUUCGAUGGCAUGGUCAAGGAGAUCUGCAACGCUCUGGUGGAAGCCGAUGUCAACAUCAAGCUGGUUGCCGGGCUUCGCGCCUCGAUACGCAAGUCGGUCAACUUCAAGGACCUAGGGCCCGGUGUGAACAAGAAGCGGCUAAUCCAGAAGGCCGUCUUCGACGAGCUCGUCAACCUCGUCAACCCGCACGCCGAACCGUUCAAGCCGCGCAAGGGUAAGGCCAACGUCAUCAUGUUCGUCGGUCUCCAGGGUUCCGGUAAAACUACGUCGUGUACGAAGCUGGCGCGCUGGUAUGCCGCGCGCGGCUUCAAGUCCUGCCUCGUCUGCGCCGAUACUUUCCGUGCCGGUGCCUUUGACCAGCUCAAGCAGAACGCAACAAAGGCCAAGAUCCCGUACUACGGUAGCUUGACGCAGACGGAUCCGGUCGUCGUGGCGAGGGAGGGUGUUGAGAAGUUCAAGAAGGAGAAGUUCGAGAUCAUCAUCGUCGAUACCAGUGGAAGGCAUAGGCAGGAGCAGGACCUGUUCGACGAGAUGAUCCAGAUCCAGCAGGCCGUCCAGCCCCACCAGACCAUCAUGGUCCUCGACUCGUCCAUCGGUCAGGCCGCCGAGGCGCAGUCGCGCGCUUUCAAGGAGACGGCGGAUUUCGGUUCCAUCAUCCUGACCAAGACGGACGGUGCCGCGGCCGGUGGUGGUGCCAUUUCCGCCACGGCCGCGACGCACUGCCCCAUCGCUUUCCUGGGUACCGGCGAGCACAUGCUGGACUUUGAGAAGUUCGACCCGCAGCGGUUUGUCAGCAAGCUGCUGGGUAUGGGCGACGUGCAGGGACUGGUGGAGCACGUGCAGUCGCUCAAGCUGGACCAGAAGGAGACGAUGAAGCACAUUGCGGAGGGCGUCUUCACGAUCCGCGACCUGCGCGACCAACUCCAGAACAUUAUGAAGAUGGGGCCGCUGUCGAAGAUGGCGGGUAUGAUCCCGGGCCUCUCCGGCAUGAUGGGCGGCAUGGACGACGAAGAAGGCUCGCUGAAGCUCAAGCGCAUGAUCUACAUUUGCGACAGCAUGACAACCAAAGAGCUCGACAGCGACGGCAAAUGCUUCACGGACCAACCAGCGCGCAUGACGCGCGUGGCCAUGGGGUCGGGGACGUCGGUGCGCGAGGUCGAGGAGCUGCUCUCGCAGCGCAUGCUCAUGGGCGGCAUGGCCAAGAAGAUGGGCCGCGGCAUGAAGAACCUGCAGAGCAAGCAGGGCCAGGCCGCGCUCGGCAACAAGCAGCAGCAAGCCGCGGCGCUGAAGCGGCUGCAGGCCAUGGGUGGCCCCGGCGCCCUGCCCGGUAUGGGCGGCAUGGGCGGCAUGGGCGGCAUGCCUGAUAUGGGGUCCCUGAUGAAGAUGCUGGGAGGGGGCGGCGGCGGCGGGCCCGGUGGCCCUGGCGGCAUGCCCGAUCUCAGUGGCAUGGAUAUGGGCAAGAUGAUGAGUAUGCUGGGGGGUAUGGGCGGCGGGCUGGGCGGCAUGAUGGGCGGUGGUGGUGGGGGUGCGGGUGCGGGGCGUGGGAGGAGGUAGGUUUGCGUGCUGUGGGGGCUUGGCGUUGGGCGUGUAUAAUGCGUGUGUGUGCUACAUACGGCCGGCUGGCUGCACGAAUGGGUCCUGCAUGGGAGGCGUUUGUUUCUUGGGCGAGCGAGCGGGUGCUCGGCUCUCUCGUGGGGUCGACGCUUGGCUUGUCCGCUUGCUUGCUUGCUUGCUCACUUGCUUGUUGUUUGCUCAUACCUGUUGUUCGCUGAGAAUGAAAUGAAAUGCCGCAGGCCUUGUUUGUUUCCUAGUUUCCUACAGUAGGUAUCAAAUAUCUGUCUCCGCCUGGUCCAUCAUUUUAUUUCAUCAUGUAAACAUGCGCCACUGAAGAGAGAAGCAAGAAGGAGAAGUGAGUGUGUCUAGGUAUACAGUAAUGGA